AUGCAGGAAACAAACAAAAUCGAGGAGCUAGAGAGGCGACUUCAACGAGAGCGUCAACAAGAGCGAGAUCGUGCCGAGAAGGAGCAGCAACGCGCCGAGAAGGAGCAGCAACGCGCCGAAGAAGCAGAGGAACAGACGCGACCGACCACAUUCGACGAGUACAUCGCUGCUUGUCAUCACCACGUCUUUUCCCAGUUCACGGUGGAAAGAGACCGCAGGCUUACGUCAAGGGGUUCCAUCACCAACCCUCGAAACAAGCUGUGCCCUACUAGUCUUGAGCCUUGGCCACGGUUCCUGGAACAGCAGGGGAGCGUUUUCGAUACUCUCUACGAAUGUCUGCCCGUCGGCAUUCGUGUCUUCGAGAGCAAAAACUUCCUAGCCGGUCUAGGAAGGAGAGUGGCGCAACGAUCGAUAGCAGAUGAGAAGACGCUGGAAUACUUCAUGCAUAAUAGUGUCGAAGAUCCUGUCAGAGUCAUCAUGGAGCAACUCAGGCAGAUUGACGAGGUGUGCGACGCAUUCGACAUGGGAAACGGGAUCGUCUUCGAGAACCAUCCUCACGCCAUCAGCGACGUCGCAGAGGAAGUAGUCGCCCGGGAGAACCCGUCAACACCGCCGCAAACACCGGACCACCGACGAGAUCUUCAUCAGCUGCGGCCCGACCAAAUCUGCAUUUAUCGGUCUGGUGAUGACCCAUCCCCGGAGAAGCGGACGAUGAUCUAUGUGUCCGAGUAUAAGGCACCCCAUAAGCUCACAGCUCCGCAUCUCCGCGCCGGAUUACGGCCGAUGAAUAUCUACAAGGAAGUCGUCAAUCGGAAGACGAUCCCGCCAUCUGUGGACCCGGACGGCCGUUUUGAAUAUCACGCCGAGAGACUGACGGCGUCUGCCCUCACACAAACGUAUCACUACAUGAUCGAGGGCGGUCUCGAGUACGGGUUGCUGACAACUGGCGAGGCGACCGUCUUCCUCAAGGUGGACUGGGCCGAGCCUGAAACGUUGUAUUAUCACCUGGCAGAGCCCUGGCCGGAGGUGUUGGCUCAUCCAGAGCAUAUGCAGUCUAGCUCCGCGGUGGGGCAGUAUCUCGCGUUCAGCCUGAUGGCGCUAGCGCAUCCAGCUGGGCACCUACGACAUAUGAGGACUUUGACCGACGAGAUCAGUCGGAAUCAUCGGACGAGUCGGGAUAUCGACCUCCGGAUACGCCGAGCCCCUCUGAGCGGCAAGGACGACGUGGACAACGCGGACAACGUGGACGAGGCGAUGCAAAUGUACCUCGAAGAAGUCAACGAAUCCUGGCACGCCGACCCCGCCAAGGGACUGAUGAGGAAGUGGAACGGCGGUACUGCACCCAAGCAUGCCUCCUUGGACUGGUUCGGGGAGGCACCCUCGAUCCUUGUUGUCCCAACGCGGGGUGUCAUGGCAGACCUCGAGGCGCGCUACAUCCGAUCAGUCAUUCUACAUGGCUGCAACUUCUGA